GCCUCUGCGAACAGCGCCGCACGCAAACGCAGCCGCAGCACCAGCAACAACAACAGCAGCAAGCGUAGCGCCGGCAGCGGCGCCGCUGGUCGCAAGUUAACCAAGAGCAUGUCCGCCGGCGCUCAAUUGCAGAUGGCCCCACAGACCACAUCGACCCUAAGUCAUCAUCAUCCGAGCAGUCAAGCAGCACAGCAGCAACAGCAGCAACAACAGCAGCAGCCGCCACAGCAACAUUUUGCAAAUCAUCACACUGCGCAACAGCAGCAGCAGCAACAACAACAACAACAGCAGCAGCAGCAACAACAGUCGCUGCAUCAUAGCGCACUGCCGCCACAACAUCAACAGCUGCAACAUUUGCACCAGCAGCAUCCGCACGCAGCGCUGCAUCAGCAGCAACAGCAGCCACACGGCGCUGCUGGCGGACACAGUAGCAAUCCGGACUCGAAUAUGAGCACUGGUUCAUCGCACAGCGAAAAGGAUGUCAACGAUAUGCUAGGACUCGGCAGCCUACAACAGCAGCAGCUAAACGCUGGACUGCACUCAAACAACGGCGCCUCCAUGCUUGACAUGCUCAGUGUCCAACAACAGCAGCAGCAGCAGCAACAACAGCAGCAGCAGCAGCACAAUAGCACUGGCCCGGGAAGCGGACCUGGACCCGGACUUGUACCCGCCACCAAUGCCAGCGGGAAACAGCCGCGCACGCCCGCGGAGCGCAAGCGAAAACGCAAAAUGCCGAAUAGUUCAGACGAAACCGGCAACGGCGGCGGCGGCGGCAGCAGCAGCAGCGUCGUUGGCGGCCUUAAAGUCGGCAAAUCGCUGGCAUUCCGCGACGGCAUUUCAAAAACGCCAGCCGGCCUAGCGUUAAGCCUGGGCGCUGAUCGCUGCACACUAUCCAGCGGUGGCGGCGGCGGCGGUGGCAGCGUCAGCGGUUCCGGUGCCAGCGCUGGCGGAAAAAGUGCGCGUCUAUUACUGCCAGGCGCCAGUGACAACAAGAAGAUCAACGAUUACUUCAACAAGCAGCAGCAGCAGCAGUCGGGCGGCAAUUCAACGCUGCGGCAGCACACGGGCAGCAAGUCGCCAUCGUCGGCAACACAACAGCAGCAGCAACAGCAUCAGCAGCAACAACAACAGCAGCAGCAACAACAACAGCAGCAGCAACAGCAACAGCAGCAGGUCAACAGCCAGGUGCAGACGACGAGCGCGUAUUCCAUACACGGCUAUCAUUCAACUAGUCCACAGACGCAGUCGCCCAGCCAGCAACAGGUGCAGCAGGCGGGCGCCGAGUUUCAUUUUGUUAGCUCUGCGGCGGCGGCGGCGGCGGCAGCAGCGGCGGCAAAACAGCAGCAGCAGCAACGCCAACAGCAGCAGCAGCAACAGACUUCCAACGCAAUGGUUCCUCAGCAGACGCAAAUGGGCGUGGCCAUGUCACAUGUCGGCGUGGCGCAUGGCGUCCUUAACGCCGCCAGUCUCGGACUGGGCGUGGUCGGUCCACAAACGGCACAGCAGCAGGCGCAGCAACAGCAACAGCUGCCCGUGACCACAUCGGCGGCCAGCGUGGCCGUUGUGCCCACGCAUCAGCAGCUAAGCACGCUGGGCGUCAAUGUCGGCGUCGGUGUUGGCGUCAAUGUGGGCGUCGGCGUGGGUGUGGGCGGUUUGCCGCCACCGCCGCCGCCACUGCCAAUGCCGACGGCAAUCAUGACAUACACGAAGAGCACACAAACGGAAGUGUCACAGAUGGAGCUACAGGAGCGGGAGGCGGAACACGAGUCGGGUAAGGCGAAGCUGGACGAGAUGACAAGACUGUCCGAUGAGCAAAAGUGCCAGAUAAUGAGCCACCAGAAGGUGAUCGAUCAGCACAAGUCGCACAUUGCCAAGUGCAUUGAUGUGGUUAAGAAGCUGCUCAAGGAGAAGAGCAGCAUUGAGAAGAAGGAGGCGCGACAGAAGUGUAUGCAGAAUCGAUUGAGAUUGGGCCAGUUUGUGACACAGCGCGUCGGCGCCACAUUCCAGGAGAACUGGACGGACGGCUAUGCGUUUCAGGAGCUCAGCCGACGCCAGGAGGAGAUAACGGCUGAGCGUGAGGAGAUCGAUCGCCAGAAGAAGCAGCUGAUGAAGAAGCGCCCAGCCGAAUCCGGACGCAAGCGCAACAACAGCAACCAGCAAAACAACCAGCACCAGCAACAGCAACAGAAUUCCAAUUCCAAUGACUCCUCCCAGCUGACUGAUCGCCUUGGCGGCAAUGCCGGCGCCGGCAGCCUGGACAGCGGCAUUGCUGUCGGCAACGCCGCCGUUAACGCAUCUGGCGCCGGCGGCGUAGGCGCUGGCAGCGGUGCUGUUGUGGUCGUCUCGUGCGGCCGUGGUCUCUCCCGCUCCAAUUCAACACAAGCCCAGCAGGCGCAACUGCUCCAUAAUGGCGGCGGUGGUGCUGGCGGCGGCGUUGCCGGCGGUGGCGGCGGCGCCGGAUCGGGCGCCAAUGUCGGCAACAGCGGCGGCGUCGGUGAUAGACUGUCGGAUCGCGGCGGCGGCGGUGGUGGUGCUGGCAGUGGAACCGGCGUUGGCGGCGGCGGCGGCAUCGGUGGCAACGAUAGCGGCAGCUGCUCCGAUUCGGGCACAUUUCUUAAACCGGAUCCGGUGUCAGGCGCGUAUACGGCGCAGGAGUACUACGAAUACGAUGAGAUACUCAAGCUGCGACAGAACGCACUCAAAAAGGAGGACGCCGAUCUGCAGCUGGAGAUGGAGAAGCUCGAGCGUGAACGUAAUCUCCACAUACGCGAGCUCAAGCGCAUACUCAACGAAGAUCAGUCCCGCUUUAACAAUCAUCCUGUGCUGAAUGAUCGCUAUCUGCUUCUGAUGCUGCUGGGCAAGGGCGGCUUCUCCGAGGUGCACAAGGCAUUUGACCUCAAGGAGCAACGCUAUGUCGCAUGUAAGGUGCACCAAUUAAACAAGGAUUGGAAGGAGGAUAAGAAAGCUAAUUAUAUCAAACACGCCUUGCGGGAGUACAACAUACACAAGGCGCUGGAUCAUCCGCGCGUGGUGAAGCUCUAUGAUGUCUUUGAGAUCGAUGCGAAUUCAUUCUGCACCGUGCUGGAGUAUUGUGAUGGACACGAUCUCGACUUUUAUCUGAAGCAGCAUAAGACUAUACCCGAGCGUGAGGCGCGCUCGAUAAUAAUGCAGGUUGUAUCUGCACUCAAGUAUCUAAAUGAGAUUAAACCGCCUGUCAUCCAUUACGAUCUGAAGCCGGGCAAUAUAUUGUUAACCGAGGGCAAUGUCUGUGGCGAGAUCAAAAUAACCGACUUCGGUUUGUCCAAAGUGAUGGACGAUGAGAACUACAAUCCGGAUCAUGGCAUGGAUCUGACAUCUCAGGGCGCGGGCACCUAUUGGUAUCUGCCGCCGGAAUGCUUUGUGGUUGGCAAGAAUCCACCGAAAAUCUCAUCAAAAGUGGAUGUGUGGAGCGUGGGCGUGAUAUUUUAUCAGUGUUUAUAUGGCAAGAAGCCGUUUGGCCAUAAUCAAUCGCAGGCCACAAUUCUCGAGGAGAAUACCAUACUGAAGGCCACCGAAGUGCAGUUCUCCAACAAGCCAACUGUCUCCAAUGAGGCAAAGAGUUUCAUACGCGGCUGUUUGGCCUAUCGCAAGGAGGAUCGCAUGGAUGUGUUUGCACUCGCACGGCAUGAGUAUAUACAGCCGCCCAUACCGAAGCACGGGCGCGGCUCGCUGAAUCAACAGCAGGCGCAGCAGCAGCAGCAGCAACAGCAGCAGCAACAGCAACAACAGUCGUCCACGUCACAGGCCAAUUCGGCGGGACAGACAUCGUUCUCAGCCCACAUGUUUGGCAAUAUGAAUCAGUCCAGCUCGUCCUAGCUGCCAACUAAACGCAAUUCCAAUUCAUAAUUCGCCGCCGCAGCAGCAGCUGCUAGCCAACAGCAACGUACCAACAACAACAACAACAGCAACAA